UACAACAGCCCGUACGUGGGGUUACGUGCGGUUUGCGUCCAAUUUUCGGGAGAAAACGUGGGUAAACGUGCGCGAGGCGCACUUAGUCUGCACGUUUAUUCAUGUGCGUACGGCCACCGCAGACGCCGCGGGGUGGAAAUUGUCCUGCACAUUAUUUCUGCGGCCCGCGCGCGUGCAAACAGACGUAGAGGGGGUUGUGCGAUGGCCGUACUUACAACGCACAAUGUGUGCACGUCCGACGUAUCUCUUUUGGACCCAUUUCUCACCACUUUUUGAACUUCAAAGGAGGUGUAGCAGUUUGUUGAUUUUCCUCGUUCCCUUUUCUUGUCAGCGUACCUUGAAAUGUGGCCUAGAACGCACGGCGCACGCGCGUUGCACGCAGGCAAGACGCACGGCAUGCGUACGCAGCAAGUGCGGGAUGAGUGCGCGUGCGCACUCACAGCGCGCUGUGAAUGCGUCGAGAGUACGUUUUUUUUCCAGGCGUCCGCGCGUGUGGUAUAUAAGCUGCGCGCACAACGUGCUCACAAAGUUUAGCCCGCAGCAGCCCCGCAGCAACAACACCGCUCAUUUCAACAUUGUGCAUCUUGGAAAUGGGUCCCAAGAAAACUGCCAGGGUGGAGGGGAAGGGGAAGGGGAGGGGCAAAACAUCAAAAGCAAGAGAGGAAUCUGAGGAGAGACAGAGAAGGGAGGCUGAUGAGGCCACAGCUGAACCUUCUGAUGAAGAGGAGCAGGCACCACCACCACCACCACCAGAGGGAGAGGAUGGCAGUGAAAGUGAUGUAGGCAGCACUGUGUCCUUGGCCACGGGGAAGAGGAGGGACCUCGGGUCCUAUAACUUCACUGCUGAGGAGGAGCGCACCCUCGUCGAGUUCUUCCGCGACCAUGACUGCCUGUAUAAUAAGGGGAGUGACAACUACGCCAACUCCCAAUACAAGAGCCGUCUGCUGGGUGAUAUGGCCCGGGAGCUGAGGUGUGAGGUGUCCAAGAUCCUGGGUUGGUUUAAGAACCAACGAACAGCGGUGGGGAAGCUGAUGAAAAAUGGCAAGUCUGGCCAGGGCGCAGAGGUCCUCUCCAGGAGGAAGAAGUGGCAGCUGUCCUCCUUUGCCUUUCUCCGCCAGCACAUCGUCCCCCGGACUUAUACACGGGAUACAGGCAUCCCUGGUACUGAGGCAUCCCAGGAGGAGGAGGACGAGGAGGGUGGCCGAGAUGACUCUGGACUGACAGCCCCAGACGAGGGCCCACCCUGCGGGGCCAGUGAGGCAGGAUCCACUACUUCCUCCCUGAAGAGGAAGAAGCGCACCCAGAAGCUUGAUGAGGCCCUCAUCCAGUUCUUGAACCGGCCCCGCCAGUCUGACAGCCUCAAGCAGUCGUUGCAGCUUGACCUGAGUGAGGAGAGGGCGGCGUACAUGGACUGGUUGCGUGCCCGAGUACGGAAGAUUCCAGAAGACCGGUGGGAGGAGUUCAGCGAGGCAUGCAAUCAGCUGGUCUCCUCAUUCUUCCGGCCCUCUGCCACCGUCACCACCACAGCCACAGCCACCGCCCCUGCAACCACCAUCACAACUUCCUCCCCCCGGCGCCAGCAGCAGCAAUGUUGGCCACAGGCACAGUGGUCCGCACCCUCCCAGCCACAGUGGUCCGCACCCUCCCAGCCACAGUGGCCCCUCCCAAGUCAGCAGCAGUGCCGUCAACAGUGGCCUCAGCCAUCCCAGCAGCAAUGGUCCCAGCAGUCAUCGCAGUGGCCUCGGCCCCCACAGCCCUCCUCCUCCCAGUGGUCACAGCCCUCCCCCUCCCAGCAGCAGCAGUGGUCACAGCCAUCCUACUCCUCCUCCCAGCAGCAGUGGUCACAGCCCCUGACCUCGCAGGACCAGCAGCAGCAGCGGGAUGUGGAACGGCCCAAGAGAGCGUCCAGCACUCCUGUCACAUCCCCUCCCUCAAUGGGGAAAUGCAUCAUCCCCGACCAGGAAAUAUGGCAUGUCACGGUCAUCACCGGGCAGAGGUUCACGGUCGGGCCAGGAGAGUGUUCCUGCCUCAAGUGCUGGGCGCAGACCAACAAUAACUACGUACUCUCAGACACUUUCAGAAGCACAAGCAAUGGUUUCCACGUGGACAGACAGGCCCACAAAACCAUGAGUAUGACCCUUCAAAACAGAAUCACAAGCAAUGGCCUCCACGUGAAACCUGAUGCAGCCAAAACCACUAAGACUGAAUAUAACAAGGGCAAUACAGAAGUCAAGGGAGAGAGAGAACAGGAAGAAUGA